GCAGAAAUGGCCGAAGGUUUGGAGAAAAUCACCGAGAUCCCUUCUGGAUUCCUCAAGGACGGCACGGCCUUCAUCAAGAAGUGCCAGAAACCCACCCAAAAAGAAUACUUCAAGAUCAUUAGAGCCGUUGGCAUUGGUUUCGUCAUGAUGGGCGUGGUGGGUUACGUGGUCAAGUUGUUGCACAUCCCCAUCAGAUACUUGAUUGUGUAGGCAGCUCGCACCAUAACAAUGAAUACUAAUAAACGUACACGAAGAAUGAACCGUAGGCUUCGGGGUGCCGAACAAUUGCCCUGGUCAUGUGACUGCUCCUGGCGGCCUUCGGCGGAGGAGAGCUUUGUUUCUGGACGCUUCUAAUCAAUCCUUUUUCGUUUCUUCUUAUUCUGCCAUUUCAGGCAAGGUUUUCUUUGGCUUUCCUUCCAUAAAUUGUUUCGUAUGCUCGUGUAGACCACAAUUAUUGCUGAUGGCUGGUUGUGGUUUUAUACUGAUGAAUACUUUAAUCUUGCACGCCGUCUAAGGUGAC